GAGGAAAGAUUGCCUUAUGCAUUUUAUGUAUCAGACAGUGAACUUGUAGUGCAGCUAGGAACAUACCUUCAGAAGAAUAAAGUGUCUGUGGAGAAAGUUGUCACAAUAGUUUACCAGCCCCAAGCAGUAUUUAGAAUACGGCCUGUAACUCGCUGUUCUUCGACUAUAGCUGGUCAUACAGAGGCAGUGCUUUCUGUAGCGUUUAGUCCAGAUGGACGCCAGUUGGCAAGUGGAUCAGGCGACACCACUGUACGGUUAUGGGACUUAAAUACGCAAACUCCAUUGUUCACGUGUAGAGGACACAGAAACUGGGUUCUUUGUAUUGCAUGGUCGCCAGAUGGUAAACAUCUUGUUAGUGGAAGCAAGGCUGGAGAACUGAUUUGCUGGGACCCACAGACUGGCAAACCAUCAGGAAACCCUCUUACCGGUCACAAGAAAUGGGUUACUGGAAUUUCAUGGGAGCCGGUGCAUCUUAGUGCUCCAACCCGCCGCUUUGUUAGUUCAAGUAAAGAUGGUGAUGGAAGAAUAUGGGAUGUUACUUUGAAAAAGUGUGUUAUAGUUCUUACAGGACACACACUUGCCAUAACAUGUGUGAAGUGGGGUGGAGAUGGAGUCAUAUAUACAGGAUCUCAGGAUUGUACAAUUAAAAUGUGGGAAACUUCACAAGGGAAGCUCAUACGCGAACUAAAGGGCCAUGGCCAUUGGGUAAAUUCUCUAGCACUGAGUACUGAGUAUGUUCUUCGAACCGGUGCAUAUGACCAUACCGGCAAAACAUAUACGUCUCCGGAGGAAAUGAAGAAGGUUGCAUUAGAAAGGUACAACAAGAUGAAAGGCAGUGCCCCGGAAAGGUUGGUUUCAGGUUCGGAUGAUUUCACCAUGUUCCUGUGGGAGCCUGCUGUCAGCAAGCACCCCAAAACUCGUAUGACUGGCCAUCAACAGGUGUGGGAUAUUCGGACUCAGAAGUUGAAGCAAGAUCUUCCGGGCCAUGCAGAUGAAGUAAGGCCUCCAACACCCAAACCCAAUGAGAAAAACUUGUUUGGGUUUUUGAGAGAAAAAUUGAUACUGCCCAUAGGGGCAAAAUCGAAAUUUCCGGUAUUUGCAGUUGAUUGGAGUCCGGAUGGUGAGAAAGUAGCAUCCGGGGGCAAGGAUAAAGUUUUGAAGUUAUGGAUGGGAUAA